UUUAAAUUCCAAUCUCUGAUACAGCAGAGAUCAUAAAGUCUGUCAGUAGAGGGUGGGAAAUAUUAUAAAUUACACCUGAAAUAUUCUUCAUAUUUCAUAGUAUAGUCGUUGACGACCAGAAUCGUUUAUAGUCAUACUUAUUUAUUUAAUCACUGUGUUCAAUUAGAUAGGUAUUUCAAAAGGUAAGUUACCUUUUUUAGCUAAACUCUAACGUUAGCUAGCAUACUUUCUAGUUAGCCAAUGCUUUGUCUAACGAUAACAUUUUAUUUAUGGAUAGUUAGCUAACUACUGUAGUUGUUCUCGGGGGAAAAGUUAACAUUUGAGUUAGUGAAGGUCUUUGUUGGCUCACUGUAUGUGUCUUCAAUUCAUUCCAUGUCGACAAUUCGAGCUAAAAUUGAAUAAAAAGUCUUGCUGUUUUAGUCAGGCAGGCAUGGUAUCAUGUGAUGGCUAAACUAUCUCUGGCUGAACCCCGAAUAUGACCGUGUUCAAUGUAUUUUUGUCAUUGACUAACUAGUCGGCCUUUGUAUUAUGUGCAAUGCUAACACUAGCACUGGUCUCGACACUAUUCCUUGCUAACCAGCUCUGUUCAAGAAAACCCUGCCUACCGGGUUAGGAUUCAGGCACUUGCAGGAGCGUGUUAGCCGGUCAGAAUAGACCAAUGUGCAUUGGCUAGUUACAAAGUGAUUGGUGCUAGCUGUCUAACGUUUCUUCAAUUCAUGAAAUUGAGCCACAUGAUUUUGCAUGGAAGUGUUGAUGCACAUUAUUACACGAAGAAAAAUUGAUAGGGGUAAACAAAGUUGUCAGACAAGGUAGCAAACGUUACAGUAGCUAACCGUGUUGAAGAAAAAGCAACGACGCCACAAAUCUAGUUUAGCGCCAUUAGCUGCCUAACGUUAGCUAACAACGUACCAUUUCCACUAUAAUUUCAUUAGUAACCGGUGGGGGGCUUGAACUGUGCAUUUUGUUAAAAAAAAUAAACUGAAAUUACAUUGGGGUAAUGGUAUUUAUCAAUGCACGAAGUGUUAACGUUGGCUAACUAGGAGCUAGCUAGCAAGUUUGCCCGAUUUAGCCUAGCAAACUAGCUACUUCCCCAGCCCAGUUGUAGCAAGCUAACGUUAGCUAGCUAAUCCUAUUUUACAUUAAAAAUAUGCCACCCUACACUAACUAGUUUGCUAAAUACACUUACAAAUAAGACGAAGCGUCUUUCAAUGCGUUUGGAAUUAGUCUACAAUUUCUAGUAAUAUUUGUGGUAUGUCUAUCUUGGUAUCAAGGACAGGGAAAUGAUUCGACGAUGCCACACAAAAAUAGACAUCCAGCUACGACAGAGGCUGUACCAGGUCGUGGGAGGCCUUCCGCAGUUUCCGUCACAAUAUGCCUGACCACUAUCAAACAAAUGAAAUUAAGAUUAACCUAAUUUGUUCAUUUGAUUAGUAAAAUGUGUUUAGAUAAUCUCUCAACUCUUCUAUGAGAACGUCUCGCUGAAGUCGACCUGUGUUUUGAACCCCUCUUUUGUGUCCCCGUGGAUAAACGUGAUGGCGCAGUUGCACGCUGGUGUGUGAUAACAAAGUAGUUAGUUAGCUAACCAACUAGCAACAACAAAUAUGGAUGGGAGACAUGAAGGAAACUAUGUAUCAUUAUAUAAUUUGCACUCGAUCAACUUGGUGCAUUGUGGUUUAAAAGUGAGUUGACCACAUUUACUUUGUCUUCAUAUUCUCUGCUCAACUCAUUUCAAAAGAGAAAGUAACGUCUUAAUACCCAGUUUCUGUACACAAUUUACUAUUCGUUCAAAUUGGCAUGCAAAUAACAUUCAUGAACGACUCAUAAGUUGCUCAGUUUUCCAUUGGUUCUGGUAUUAAGGUUUGAUAUUGUACAUGUUGCCUCAAGAAGGAUGAGUUGUCAUGGCUUUGUUUUCCUUCUGCAAUGCUGACUUGCAUUUUCUCAGGUCACUUCAAAGUAGUAUUUCAUAUCACGACUAAAAUAUGUUUUGUUCAUGUUCUGUUUCAGCACUUCAUAUUGUUUACCAAAGAAAUGGUGAUGGAGAAGCCAAGUCCCCUGCUUGUAGGGCGGGAGUUUGUGAGGCAGUAUUACACACUCUUAAACAAAGCACCCGAUUUCCUGCACAGGUACUGACCGAUUUUGUGUAGAUUGAAUAGCCCACAGUAUGUGAUAACCUUCCAUUGCUUUAUGUAGACUUGUGCCAGCAGGACUUUGAAUGUCUCUGCUUUGUCAUGACAGGUUUUAUGGAAGGAACUCCUCCUAUGUUCACGGCGGACUCGACUCCAACGGGAAGCUGGCGGAGGCGGUGUAUGGCCAAGCGGUAAGUGUCAAUAACCUAAAUCAAAGAUACAGAUGAAAAGUGCCUGUUUUAUAAAAACAUAGCACAGUCAAGAGUCCUGACCAGGGAUGCUUUCCAUGCAAAUCUCAAGCAAAUUAGAUUUUGUAAAUAUAUUUUUUAAUGGCCUUCAAAUGCUGUGAUGUAAUAAUGCAGGAAAUUUGAUUCUAUUAUAAACCACUCCUGGCCUUGUGACCUAUUUCUAACUGUACUUCCUUCACCCUACCCAGGAAAUCCACAAGAAGGUAUUGUCCCUGCAGUUCCAAGAAUGCCACACGAAGAUCAGACACGUGGACGCCCAUGCCACGCUGACUGACGGCGUUGUGGUCCAGGUGCUGGGUGAGCUCUCCAACAACGGCCAGCCCAUGAGGAAGUUCAUGCAGACCUUUGUGCUCGCUCCAGAGGUGCGUAGUACGGUAGGCUAAAGGGCGGGGCUCACUGCACACACUUAAUUAAGCAUUGGUUAGUUGGCAUUUUUUAAUUCUCACUCACUGGGAAUUCUGGAUUGGAGGCACAAAAUGGGAGAAUGAGUUGAAAUGGAGCCGACUACCUGAGUUGUGUUCAGUAGGGCACAAUGUUCAGAAAGUACCUCCCGAUUCACUCAGUUUCAAAGCAUUCUGUGCCUGCUGAACACAACUCUGCACUUGUCCAAUAGGAACACUUGCUUUCCGUUCUCAAUACUUUUUUUAGAAUACGAAACCCCUCAACUAUGAGGAAAAUCAAAUUUGUGUCAGCUAAUGCAGCACAGAUACUAAUAGCAUGUUGUCUGGCUAUUUCCACAGGGUUCUGUGGCAAACAAAUUCUACGUACACAAUGACAUCUUCCGCUAUGAGGAUGAGGUUUUCGGUGACUCUGAGGCUGAACUUGAUGAGGGUAAGAAAUUCUGCACUUUGUCCAGUUUAAAUUAUCUUCAAUGUAGAAUUUGGAUGUUGAGUUUAUGGUCUGUAUACUUGAUUUUGUUAAUCGAUGAUACCUCUACCUCAGAAUCUGAAGAGGAGGUUGAGGAGGAGCAAGAGGAUAGACAGCCGUCCCCAGAGCCACUCCAGGACAGUCCUAACAGCACUACUUACUAUGAGCCUCACCCUGUCAUGUAAGUCUAUGCCAUGGAGACUACCAUGCCAGUUUGAUAAGGAUGUUUAGAUCAAAGGCGACUAAAUGUAGAUUAGAUGUACUUUAUGAUUUGUUUAGAGAAAUUGACUUUACGUACAGGAAGUGCACUGCAUAAAAUCAACAACAAUAAGUAAACAUGGCAUACCGUUGGUAUAUAAACUCACCGGCCAGUUUAUUAGGUACGCCCAUCUAGUUCCGGGUCGGACCCCUCUUUGCCUCCAGAACAGCCUGAAUUCUUCAAGGAAUUCUACAAGGUGUCGGAAACGUUCCACUGGGAUGUUGGUCCAUGCUGACGCAAUGGCAUCACGCAGUUGCUGCGGAUUGUUCGCAGCAUGAAUGUACCGCCGUCCAGCCCGUUCCAUCUCAUCCCAGAGAUGCUCUAUUGGGUUGAGGUCUGGGGACUGCCCAGGUCACUCAAGUAAACUGAACUCGAUGUCAUGUUCCAGGCGCUGUUUUUCCGCACCUCGAUUGUGCAAUCUUGGUGACUGUGUGCCCACGAGCCGCUUUUUGUUUUUACCUGAUGGGUGUGGAAACCGGUGUGGUCGUCUGCUGCAAUAGCUCAUCUGUGACCAGGAUCAACGAGUUGCGCAGUUCUGCACACCACUGUUGGACUGUGCCGUUAUUGGUGUAAUUGUGGCUCGCCUGUUAGCUUGCACGAUUCUUGCCAUUCUUCUUUGACCUCUCUCAUCAACGAGCUGUUCUCGCCCACAGGACUGCCGCUGACUGGAUGUAUUUUGUUUGUGCCACCAUUCACGGUAAACCCUAGACACUGUCGUGCCUGAAAAGCCCAGGAGGGCGACCGUUUCUGAGAUACUAGAUCCGGCCUUGGAUACUGGAUCAUACCACAUCUCAAGUCUCUUAGGUCACAAGUUUUGCCCAUUCUAAUGUUCAAUCGAACAGUAGCUGGAUGCCUGUCUGCCUGCUUUAUAUAGCAGGCCACGUGACUCACUGUCUGUAGGAGCGGUCCAUUUUCAUGAACGGGGUGGGGUACAAAAUAAACUGGCCAGUGAGUGUACAGUUGCAUCAUAUUUGUGUCAAGAAGAAAUGUGACUGACUCCAAUUACAUUGAGCUUGUAUCUGAGCGUAUAAUAAGGUACAUCUAGGCGACCAGCUGUAUAAAACUGGAUUGAUUUGUGUUCCAUUUAGCAAUGGUGUUGAGGAGCCCAUGGAGGAGCCGGCUCCAGAGCCUGAGCCCGAGCCUGAACCGGAGCCCGAGGUAGAAGAGCUGAAGCCCGACGUGGAGGAGAAGGUGAUGGAGGAGCUGGAGGAGAAGGCCCCCUCCCCGGUCCCCGUAGAGUCCCCACCCAACACCCAGGAGGCCCCCAAGGUUGGUCCACUCUCCUGGUGAUGUUGCAGUAAAACACAUUGAUAUGAUGACUAACAUCACAAUAACGUUACAAUAACAUGCAAGUUGCAUCUGAAAUCGCACUGCUAUUCUCUAUAGAUCGCUGGUCAAAAGUUAACUAUAGAGGGAAUAGGGUGCCAUUUCCGAAAUAGCACUAUUGUACUGAUUACUGUCAAGAUAUCUGCCUUUCAAAAUAAUAUUGUGCGAGGAAAGUAUAUUGUACUGUGUUCUACUGAUUGGCACGGUUGAAUUCUGACUGAAUUCCUGGCAGACCUUCUCCUGGGCCUCGGUGACCAGUAAAAACCUGCCUCCUAGCGGUACAGGACCGUCCUCUGGAAUCCCCCCCCAUGUUGUUAAAGCACCAAGCUCACAGGUAACCCCCCCCCGUGUCAUGUGUGUGUCUAGGCUGAGUGUUGUACCAGUGGUCUGUGGUCAAGAAGGUCUCAUCUCCUGUGUGUGUCGUGCUCCUUUACAGCCCAGAGUGGAGACCAAGCCUGACACCCAGACGGCCCCUCUCCGGGGACCCCGGGACCAGCGCACCCGCGACAGACCAGCCUUCGUACAGCGAGCACCCAGACCUGGUAAGACCAGUGGGAGCAAAUGGCAAUUUUAUUUUUCUAUAGACUCGCUGUCUAUACGCUCAAUAUGCUCUUGUUUUUAGGUCUGCCUAUUUCUAAACAUGUCACAGGUGCUCACACUUCUGUUCUAGUCUUUAUUCUUUACACCUGGGUCAAUGUGUGCAUGUCUCUGUCACUUAGAUGGUGUUGCACCUUCAGAAUCACAAACUGGGAAACCCCACUUCAGUUUUGUCAACAAAGGUAAUAAAGCUGUGACUUUCUACUAAAUGGGCUUUCUUCAGUGUUGGCACAGAGUGAUGGUGCAGAUGGUAGCUAACGACAGUUGUCCUGACUGCAGGUCGGGGCGAGGCGGACCCCGGUGAGAUGGACAGCAGAAGGAUUAUCCGGUACCCUGACAGCCACCAGCUCUUUGUGGGAAACCUCCCUCACGACAUCGACGAGGCAGAGCUCAAGGACUUCUUCAUGAGUAAGCGCUCAUACACACGGAUGGUUAUUUAACCGUGCCAUUUUUCAGGUUGUUCAAAGUAUCAAUGGCGAUUAAAUCAAUAUAAUUGUGUGCAUUUGGAAUAGUUUACAUGAAUAAAGAUCGUAUACCCUUUUUGGUAAGGUGUGACUAACAAGUUCAACUCUAGAUGAAAGGAGCAGGAGGAGAGUGUGAUUUUCUGUAUUUGAAAUGGAAAACUCAUGUCUUCCUUCAGCUUUUGGUAACGUAGUGGAGCUGAGGAUCAACACCAAGGGAGUCGGAGGAAAGCUGCCCAACUUUGGAUUCGUGGUCUUCGAUGACUCUGACCCUGUCCAGAGAAUCCUGGGGGCGAAGGUAGGGGGGGCAAGUACUACCUUUAUCAUUAUCCCCCUCAUUCACGCUGGUGUUUUGGUGGCACACGGACUAGUGUUGUAUGUCACCACCGUUGGGUUUUCUGCACAGUGUCCUAAUCCCCCAAUCUGGAGCCCAUUUUCCCUUUGUUUGAAUAUCAACUAUAUGGGACUGUUGGGUAUUCAGGGUUUUUCUGUAUCAAAAUGGUGCUUAGGUGGCGAUGGGUGCGGGAAAUUUGAGUGUGUGUAUCUAUUUUCUACAUGCUUAUAUCUGGUUUUAGUCAUUUUAAGUUUACAUUGAAAAAGUUUUUCCAUCCUGACAAUAUAAAAUGUUUUAACUGUUUGGACAUAGGUGGCCUGAACACUUAGGCGGCCUGCCCAAUACUUUUCUGUGCAGAAAAAACCCUGGUAUUGAUAUUUCUCUCUUACUGCAAUUGUUCUCUAUUCAAGAGGUAAUACGUUUUGUCCGAAACGAUAAACACAAUUGAACAAUCUAAGAUGCAACAAUAGGGUUUUAUGGUGUGCAAACCAGUGAAUGAGGAGGAUUGUGAAACGGGUGUUAGAAAAGGGUAUUUUCUUAAGGUUCCCAAUCACCUGCUAAUCCUGUAUUAACGGUCCCCUCGUUUCCGUCCUGUAGCCCAUCAUGUUCCGCGGCGAGGUACGUCUGAACGUAGAGGAGAAGAAGACCAGGGCGGUGCGUGAGCGGGAGGUUCGCGGCGGAGACGACCGCAGAGAUAUGGGGAGACGCGGCGACAGGGGGCCUGGCGGCCCGCGAGGAGGCGUGGCUGGCAGCGGGAUGAUGCGUGACGGCAGGGGCCCCCCACCCAGGGGCGGCAUGGGGGCUCCCAAGCCCGGCAUGGGCUCCGGAAGAGGGGCAGGAGGAUCGGCCGAGGGCCGCUUCACCACCCAGCGCCGCUGAGAGCGCCACCUGCAGUUCGGAAGUAGUACCAUGUUCUUCAUCUUCGACCGUUCUCGUUAACGAAAAAAAUCUACAUGUAUAAACGUAUAUACUUUUUUUGUUUAUUUUCGGUAAAAAAGUAUUUCUGGCUUUGGAAUGUGACACAACCUGUCAACUAUUUCUUCUUUGAUGUGACAGACAAAAACAAGCAAAUGUAAAAUUUGCAUUUUCGCUUUACUUAGCUGUGAGCUGAGCGUCCUUUUCCAGUGUUCUCAAGAAUUCACAGACAUUAAUUUGUAAAUUUGAGGAAAAGCAACCAGGAGUAAUCUGCAACGUUAUAGGAGGGACUGAUAGACUUUUACCUACGAUAAUACAGCCCAUCAUUUGGAAUAGAGAUUAUUACACCUCGACUUACCGGGGCGCUAUGUCACGACACCCCUCUUAUUGCACAUUUUAUAUGUGGGAGUUCUCUGCCCGUUACUGUUGGAAAAGCAUGAGGUGUGAAUUUCCUGCUAUGGGGGAAAGGUUUGCCUUUCUUUUUUUCUUUUUCAAAGAACACUGCUUAAAACGACAACAAAUUGCAUAAUGCACUCAUCAAUAUGCACUAAUGGGUACUUUCGUCAUGUUACAUUGACAUCCUGGGAACGCAGCUGGUUGAGACAUCUACUGUUGUCUCAAAGCUAAACGGCGUGACAAGGCAGGCCUCCACUUCAGGCCUGUUUACUGUGACCAAUAUACUUUUUUAUUUUUCUCAUCUGACCUGCGAACCAAUAACUAUGCUUCAAUUACUGCUGGAAUCCAACAACAAGACACAACAAACCAAUCUACAGAAUCAUUAUUUUCCUAAAUGAAUUUAAUAAAAAGCUCAAAUUUCCUGGACUUUACCAAACGGGGAAAUAAAAGGAUGAUCCACAGACAGAAACCAAGCUGACCAAUAGGAGAGUGGUGGUGAUAAUGUUGGUGUAGGCUCGCUCACUAUUCUUUGUUAAUACAAGGUUUGUUUGUUCUUUUUUUCUCUUCCCUACCUUGCCAGAACCGUGAAACUGGGCCCCCCCCCUCUUCUCCCCCCAUU